AUGACAGUUAGCCGUCCAGCUGAAUAUAAGGAUGUCCGCACUGCGGACCUCUCCACCAUCCAGUUCGCCAACCUUUUCGAUAAGGACGAGGCGGAGCUGAAGAAGCUUCUCAAGGCUUGUGAGAAAGACGGUUUCUUCUAUCUCGAUCUCCAGAGCGAAGGCUCCGAGAAGUUCUGGAAAGACCUAUACGACAUCGACAGGCUCACCAAGGAAUGGUUUUCUCAGCCAGCAGAUGUGAAGUUGAAGACCCCCACCGUAUCUCUCUCUCAUGGUUUCAAGGCCGUUGGUAACCAGUCGGGAGCCGUUGAAUCGCUCAAAGAUGGCUUCGAGGCCCUUAAGAUUGGAAAAUUCGAGCUGGACGGCCGAUGGGCGCUUCCUUCCAUUGCACAGGACAACCUGGUCUUGUUCGACCAAUUCACUGCGGCUUGCCAUUUCAUCUCGAAGCUUUUGCUCGACUGCAUUUCCGACGAGCUCGGCCUCAAAGGAGACGCCCGCCUCGAGACCUACCACCGUGACGACUGCCGCUCCAAGAGCACCCUUUACUUCCUUCACUACCCUCACGGUGCUCAGGACCCGAGCCAGGUUGGCCAGAAUAUGCACACCGACAUCGGUUCCCUCACCAUCCUUCACGCGCCGCAGUGGGGCCUCCAAGUCUUCUCGCCCAACGAUGGCUCCUGGGAAUACGUCGAACCGCGACCAGGCCAUGCUAUCGUCAACGUCGGCGACACCCUGCGGUUCCUUUCGAACAAACGCCUGCGCUCCGCACUGCAUCGCGUCUUGCCCCUGGGCGGGAUUCAAAACGAGGAACGCUACUCCAUCUCGUACUUCUUGCGGGCCUCGGACUCCACCGAGUUCAAAGACAGCGACGGCGACGAGUCUAGCGCGAAACACUGGUACCUGAAGAAGUACGAGAUGUAUGAGCUACCCCAUGCGAUCCAAAAGGAAAAGACAACGCUUUCUGGAGGAAUGGCUCAGGAACUACUCGCCUCGUUUUAA